AUGGCCAGACAACCGCGACCACCACCGAGGGCUAGGGCAGCCCCGAGAGUUUAUGCUCUUGAGGUUGAGACAGAGGCACAAGAGGAGGAGACCAAUCCCGAGGAUGACGAAGCUGCCGCUAUCACAAGUACCCUUCACCUUUGUGAUGUUGAGUGCUAUACAUUGUUUGACACUGGGGCUACUCACAGUUUCCUGAGCUUAGAAAAAGCAAAGAAACUAAAUAUGGAGCGAAUAGAUACGAAGAGCGAUUUUACGGUUCGCACACCAUCGGGAGAGACGCUUCCGGUACAUGGGACCUUACGAGAUGUAUCGCUGGACAUCUGUGGUCGUGACUUGGCCGCAGAUCUCAUAGUGGUACCGAUUGGCGGUUAUAGCCUCAUAUUGGGCAUGGAUUGGUUGUCGAAGCACCGAGCUCAGAUUGAUUGUCGGAAAAGGACCAUAUGA